GUUGUUCUGCCAAUAGUGAAACCCAAAAGUUGUCGCCGAUUGUAUGUAUUCCACGUGCUGCUGUAGAAAAAUUUGGUGUAAUGGCGGCUCGUUCACAAGAAACUGCGUUUUCUCAAAACGGACAGUACUUUGCCAAUGUUAGCAAUGACGGCCGAUUGAAAAUUUGGGAGUGCGAAUCUGGAAGAGCUAAGCAAGAAUUCAUCCCCACGUCGCACUUAUCAGCCGCUUGCACGUGUCUCGUCUGGGCACCCUCUAAACAGCCGGAACAGAAUGUAAACCUGAGUAAAAAGAAACGUAAAUCUAAUGGAGAAGAGGCAACAGGAAUGGCUGGGAGUGAUAUUAUUGCUCUUGGUACAGCUUCAGGGAACAUUCUUCUGUACAGUCUUAAUAGGGCAGAAUUGGUACACCAACUGAAAGGUGGGCAUGCAGGGAAAAUACGGUCCCUGUGCUGGAAUCAUGAUGGUUCAUCCCUUUUUAGUGCUUCAUCAGAAAAAAAAAUCGUCGAAUGGGACGCAGUGGAAGGUGUUAUCAAGUGUCAAUGGAAAGUGGACAAGAGCCCCGUUUUCCGAAUGUGUAUGCUACAGGAUGAUAGCACUUUGGUGACGGCUGGUCGCUCCAUUCAAUGUUGGAACGUAGAGAGCCGCUCAGUAAUAGCGACAUUUACAGGACACACAACGGAUGUUGCCCAUCUGUUACCCGUUUAUUCACCUGGCGCGAAAGGUGGAUACUUCCUUACCGCUGCCGACGCAGAUCGUUGUAUUAGUGCAUGGAGAUUUGUUGGCGAAGAGAAAAAUGGACAAUCCCAAGCUUCGUUUACAUUGCAAGACGACCCAUUAAACUUCACCGUCUCGACGCCCAUUUCCGACAAGGACCCUGUCGUCUUGGCGGCAGUAACGGUUACAGGGAUCUUACAUGUCUUUGAACACCAUUUAAAUGGACGAUCCAAAAAACCAUUACAACCAAUUGUAAAGAUCCACAUCGGAAGCGAUGUAGCUGGCACUGCAAGACCGCUCCCCGUUUUAUCUGCAUACGCAUGUGGUGAUGCAGAUGGAAACUGUGUCAUUGUGUACGGAUCACUCGUUCGACCAGGGUUUGAAAAAAUGUGUUACCGUACUCAAGAUGGGAUGGCUUACAUUGUUCGAAGAGAUCCGUCGUCUGUGGAUCACUCCAAGUCCGAUGUAACAUCAUCUGCUUUAAAGUUAAGGACGCCCAUAUUGCCUGCCGACGUGAAAACCUUAGCUCCCGAAUAUAUGGUACCGAUGACUGCAUCGUCUGAGGUUGGAGUCGUCGCUGGAAGGAAACGAAGAACGCAAAAUUCUGAAUCAAAUUCUGGUUUAGUAUCGGCAAAGGAUUCGCUUCCCAUGGAGCAGAGGCUGUCGGCAUUGAAUCUUGAUAAGGCUGUUGACGCCGUUGCCCCGCCACAGGCAGACAAUAUGGCCCAACUCCUUCUUCAGGGAUUGCACAGUAGGGACCCAAAAAUUUUGCAGAGUGUGCUGGAUAGAGGUGAUGUUCAGAUUAUAGGAAAUACGAUUCGAAGGAUUCCCGUACAAGCCAUAUUGCCACUCAUUCUAGAAUUAACGCGAAUGAUGCAAUUUAGAGGACAUCCCAACUAUUCAUACGCCAAAUGGCUGCGAUCAUUACUGGAACACCAUGCUGGAUAUCUGACAUCUUGUCCGGAUUUAGCAUCGGUUUUGACGCCUCUUUUGGCUCUAAUGACUGCUCGGACUUCGCUUUUUCCUAAGCUUUCGCAAUUACGCGGUCGGCUGCAUUUGAUGUUAGGGGAGUUGGAACAUCGAAGUGAAAAAGAAGAUGCCACAACAACCGAAUUACCCGCAACAGCCCUUCUUGUUUAUAGAGAAGAAUCAUCUGAUGAAGCAAGUGAGGAAGGAGAUUGGCCACUUCAAUCUGGUUCUGAAUCAGAGGAUCAGUGGGAUGAAUUGUCUGAUUAUGGUGAAAGUAUGGACGUGAAUGAGACAAAAGACGACAGUGAUCAAGAAACUGACGAGGAAGAAAACGAAGAACUAGACGAGGAGGCAGAAGAAGCUUCAGAUAGCGACGGCGAUAGUGUCGUUGAAAACGGCCUGUCAGAUUGAUUGAAUUUUGGUUUA